AUGGCUUUCCACCAAAGAUCGAUAAGUUUGCCUCCUAGGCCUCACGUCAGUGAGACCGAAGUCGAGCAAGAGCUCCACUGCCUAGAAGCAAGCAUCUCUUCCUCCAAUUCCAUCAGCGCGAUGUGCGAUGGUCUCAGGAGUCUUGCAAGCAUCUACGAUGGUCUUGAAGCGAUUAUUUGCCUACCAAGCAACCAAGCUUGCUCCUCCCUGCAGAGGAACAUGUUGGAUGGAGAGAUGGAAUGCUCCAUUGAGCUGUUAGAUCACUGUAGCACCAUGCAAGAGACCUUCGCCGAGAUGAUGGUCAUCAUCCAAGAGCUCCAACUGGCUCUAAGAAAAGUAGAUGAUGCAGCUGCUCAAGCCAAGAUCCAGUCUUUUAUUCGCUUGGGGAAAAAGGCCAGGAAACAUUUCAAGAAGUCUGCCAAGAAGCCUGCAUUUGACAAGAUGGUCAUGCUCUUGACCAAGGCAAGAGAGAUCUGCAUCUCUCUGUUGGAGUCCACACUCCAUCUCUUGUUGAAGCAAAUGGAAAUGCCAAAGCAGUCUCUUGUCUGCAAGGCAUUUUACAAGAAGAAGGCAAUUGUCUGCAAGGAGGAGCAAUUGCAGGAGUUAGAGUGCAGUAUCGAAGAUCUUCAGAAUGGAGCAGGAGAUCUGUUCAGGAAAUUAGUCCAGAACAGAGUAUCUCUUUUAAACAUUCUUAGCUCAUAG